UUGUUGUUCAUACACGGAGAAUCAUACGACUUCGGCAGUGGCAAUGUAUAUGACGGAAGUGGACUGGCGUCUGCCGGAAACCACAUUGUCAUCACUUUAAACUUUCGGCUUGGUGUACUUGGAUUUUUAAGCACUGAAGACUCAAGUGCAUCUGGCAACUACGCCCUCCUGGACAUCAUAGCUGGUCUGAGAUGGAUCCAGGAGAACAUCAGGGCUUUCAAUGGCGAUCCCGAUAGAGUCACAUUGUUAGGUCACGGGUACGGGGCGGCCCUCGCUAAUCUGGUAGCCACUUCUCCGCUUGUCAGAGACAUGAACCUGUUCAGAGGGAUCAUUCUACAAAGUGGCACAGCCCUGUCCCCAUGGGCCACCGUAAUGUCACCCUUGCCAGUCACAAGGAGGGUGGCUGAAAAUUUGAACUGC